AUGUUCGCUCGUCGUUUGCGCGGAGCAGGCAGCCUUGCGGCCGCGUCACUGGCUCGCUGGCAGUCGUCGAAGGUGACCGGCGACGUCAUUGGCAUUGACCUGGGCACGACGUACAGCUGCGUCGCUGUGAUGGAGGGCGACAAGCCGCGCGUGCUGGAAAACACUGAGGGCUUCCGCACCACUCCAUCCGUUGUUGCCUUCAAGGGCCAGGAGAAGCUCGUCGGCCUCGCAGCAAAGCGCCAGGCCAUCACAAACCCGCAGUCCACCUUCUUUGCUGUGAAGCGACUGAUUGGCCGCCGCUUCGAGGACUCGAACAUCCAGCACGACAUCAAGAACGUGCCGUACAAGAUUGUGCGCAGCAGCAACGGCGACGCGUGGGUGCAGGAUGCCAAUGGCAAGCAGUACUCGCCGUCGCAAGUGGGUGCGUUCGUGCUGGAGAAGAUGAAGGAGACGGCGGAAAACUUUCUUGGCCGCAAAGUGUCCAACGCGGUGGUGACGUGCCCGGCGUACUUCAACGACGCGCAGCGCCCAGCGACGAAGGACCCCGGGACGAUCGCCGGGCU